CUUCGCUUCCGAUUUGUUUUGUUAACAAUGUUAGGGAAGAAGAAUCGAAGAUAAAUUCUUUGCCUCUACGCUGACGAAGAUGUUUGAUGACCAGGACCUCGGAUUCUUUGCCAAUUUUCUCGGCAUUUUCAUCUUCAUACUGGUCAUUGCUUACCAUUUCGUGGUGACCGACCCAAAAUUUGAAUGAGAUUUUUGUAUUUUGGUUUCUUACCACAAAAUAAUUAUUAUGUGCUGGAAUCAGACAUGUCUUUAGCAUUCCAUAUAGUCGACAUGUUUCGCCAGUAAUGUAUCUUUGACAAUGUGUUUUUUUUAUGAAUAGAUAAAAGAAUUUUCAUCAUUCAAAAUUU